AUGAAUCCCGACGACUACGAUUUGAGUACAUCGGAUGGCUGCAGACGGGCCUUGACUCGAGCCUUGUUCGAUGCCGUUAAUGAAGCCAAGGCAAAAUUCUGGGCACAAAUGCAGCGGGAGCAGGCGGCGGUGGAGGCGCGGGUCCCUCACCCGAUACAAAGUCAAACGUAUGUCCCCUGCGAGCACGACGUAGCGCACGAACGUCUGUUCGCAGAUUAUUUUGCCGAGAAUCCAAGGUGGGGCCCGAAUUAUCGGGAAGACGGGAUCGGCAGACCCGGACUUACGCCGUUGCAGAAGUGCACGGUUGCGAUCCGCCAGUUGGCCUACGGCACAACAGCAGAUAUGUUCAACGAGUACCUUCACGUCGGGGAUACAACUGGCCGCGAAUGUCUCAAGAAAUUUUGUAAGUUAGUUGUGGAGGCUUUUGGCGACACAUAUUUGCGACGCCUGACUGCUGAUGAUUGCCAGAGCCUGAUGCGGAUGCACGAGACGGUGCACGACUUCCUUGGGAUGCUAGGGAGCAUCGACUGUAUGCACCGGCAAGUGGAAAAACUGUCCGACGGCGUGGAGAGGCCAAUUUACUAG